CCAGCUUCACCUUUGGGCACACGACAUUGGCAAUCCCCACCAAACUGCAAGGUUUCACGAUUGUGGGCUUCCCCGUGACGACAUUCGGCAAACGCACCGAAGAGCACGAUUGGCGCUCCUAGGACGACGCGGAAGCGAUAACGACAGUUGGGCUGCUCGGUGACGUUGCAGGAACGACUAGGAGCACACCCGACGGGUUGCCCUUGUACAGGCAGGAUGAGUUCGCAUGAGCAUUCGUCACGGAGGACGUCCCUGACCACAGGAGACGCAAUGACUUCCCAGCGAAUCAGUGGUCCUCGGGCGCCACUUCCGCAACCACCAUCCUCGCCCUUGCCAGGUGGAACACAGGCAGGGCCGACAGGUGGAUCAUAUUUUAGCAAGGCAGGCACAACGGGAGGCGGCCUCGGGAGCUUACCAAGCCCCAAAGGAGGCACCGCUGCGCCUUUACUCCCACAGCUACCUGCGCUCGGCGAGUUGGACCCAAAAUCGAGAGAGCUGAUCGGACAGUACACAACGUCUUCCUCGGUGCCGCACAGCGCCGCGACGGAUCAACCCAGCAUCUAUGGCAUGGUGAAGAGCAGCGGGACAGGGCCGUCCGGCUCAGCCUCGCAGAGUGGAGGGUAUAUUCAAUCAGACGGGGUCAACCGAAGCAACAGUCCGCUGAUGGACGUAAACCACUUUUCCACGCGGAGUCCCACACCCGGUCGCGAUGCAUCAGCUGCAGUCAACGGGUUAGGGUCCAGCCAGUUUUCCACUCCGCCUCUGUCGCAACGAGGGACGUCGUACCAUACGCCGCUCACGAGCUCCUCGGCUGUCUUUUCCAGCCAAAUGCAGCAGCUCCCGCUGUUUGACUCGGCGCCCUCGGCGCAGCUGGAGGGCCACCCUUACUCUUCUGGGUCUGGUAGAGCGCCAAAUGCUACGAGCCAUACGCCAGCAAGGGCCCUCCCUGGGUUCUCGCCUGCCGCACCAGCUAGCACUGCCGCACCUGGCAACAACAACAUCGCCGCUUCCGCCACCUCACGCAUUAACGUCGUGUCUUACCGGCAUGCAUCCAUUAAGGCCCUCAUCGACCCCUCGCUCAGCGUGUCGGACGUUGUUCGACAGCUGUGCGCCAACUCCCACCUCGGGGUUCAAGAGCCAGCUGCGCUGUAUGCCCUGAGAGACGAGGAGAACGACGAGCUCAUCACGGACGAGAAUUUGCGCAAAAAGAUAGAGGAAAGCAAGCAUUUCAAGCUCUGCUCUUCACCCACGAUUGAGGCUGUCGAAAUGGUAGAAAAGCUGUCGGCCUACCGCAAGGACGACCGCGUUCUGAAGAUUGCCACGUACACGCUGCAGCGCUUGAUCCGCGAGGCGCCUUUUGCGAGCGAGUUCCUCAAUCGCGGGGGGUUGACCGAGUUGACCAACGCCAUCAUGUCGUUCCCACUGGAUGCGACCUCUGUGAUCCGCGCGCCAGUGCAGCCCGCCACCAUUGGAGUCAACACGCUGGCAUAUGCGCUCGUCUCGUGCCAAAACUUGAUGGAGACGUUCGACGACGGAUGGGAAGAGCUUGAUGGUGACUUUAUCAGUGCCAUCGUCCGGAUCCUCGCGCGCAUGGACCGCAUCAACGUCUGCAGGCCUGCAGCCGCCAUCCUGAAAAAGCUCGUUCUCAGCGGGCCGAGCGAUCCGAACGACGACGUAGGCACGCUGGGCGGCGCGAGCAGAGCAGGCGAUGCAGCUUCGAUUCGCUCGGGCAAGUCCACGAUCCGCCCUGGCUUGCUCUCAAGCGGCAUGGAGGGCAAUGUUGGCGUCGGAAGCAGUGGCGCAUCCGUGCGCGGGAACGACAAGACCGAGACGGGUCCGGACGGUAUGCCAAUCUUGCUUGGCAUCACCAAAUUCGGAUUCGAAGUCAUUUACCGCCACAUUUCCAUGGAACCUGCAUUGCUCAGCACACUCGUGCAGCGAUUGGGAAGCGCAGAUACAACGUUGUGCCUGUACAGUCUGAGCCUGUUGAACAGCCUGAUGCGCCACGUCUCCGAUGCCCGCUUUGACGAGUUCAUAUCUGAGCUUGAAUCGCUCGGCAUCGCAAAGGCAGUUAGUCGGCUCAUGUCGUCCAACCAGUCCGAUGAGCUCAUACCCGGCAUUCUUGAUUUCCAAGCCAACAUUGUUCGCAUCGCAAACCACCGCAUGCGCACGAAUGUCACGCCACAAAACAAACGCCACGUCUCUGCGCUUUCUUACGUCUGGCUGCAAGCGCGCAUCACGGAAGUGGCAGUCGAGCUGAACGCCUCUCCGACCAAUUGUGAAGGCGAGAACAGCAUCGUCAACCCGACAGGCAACCGCUUUUCGACGAGCCACGGCCUCAACAGCCGGUACAAAUGGAGGCGGCUUGGUUUCAGCAGCGAAGCCGUCGCAAAGGAGUUCGGCAAGAUGGGCUGGCUGGCACUAGAAAAUUGCGAAGCGUUCGUCCGCGCCGAUCCCGAGGUGUAUAGCAAGAUCAUUGCCGAACAGGUCAAUCGGCCUGAAGAGCGGCGCUGUCCGUUUGGUCGCGCAUCUAUAGAGGUGACCGAGAUUCUCGUCGAUCACUGGAACAUCGAGAACCCCGGCUACGCUUCCCUUUCGACUCUGCAGCCCUUUCUCCUAUUUUUCAAUCGCGUACAUAACUUCGCGCUGCGCUUCUUCCUCCGCAUGUGGACAGAGUCUGGUGCUGCGGUGUCCGACUUUAGUCGAGUCGCGGCGUUGGUGCGAAGCCAGGUAAAGGAGGCCCUGCGCGACGAGGGCUCCAAGACGUGGUUCGACCUCGAGCGCGCUUUUCUCGAGAGUGAGUACCGGACCGUCAGAGAAAGGCAGAUGAAAGAAUUGGAGGUGGAGGACGAGUAUGCCAGCAAGUCUUCCAUCCGACAUCUCAAGAGCAAGCUCUACCGUGAGAGCUACGAAUUUGUGCGGCAGCAGCGCAUUCAGUGCCUUCUUGAAGGUGCAUGGUUUUUGAACCCCGCAAUACAAGCUCGAGGCGUGCCAGCUACACUGCUCAAUGAGCCUCGCUCGCCUGGCGGAGCCAAUUUCGGCCGUCGGGGUCCCGGCGGUCUCGGCGGAGUAAAGUCAUGGCGCUUCUACCGACUCUCUCCAAACAAAAAGUACCUUCACUAUUGCGAAAGCGCAGAGCGCAUGCCCAUCCGCGGCGGCCUCGACGACCUUCCGGAACGCAUCGACCUUGCACAGGUGACCGACAUAUCGGUCUCGAACAUGGCCCAGCAGAUCCGCAAUGCGAACGACCCGAAUGGGCAAAGCCAAUUGGGAAGCGGUGGAGCCGGCCCCGAUAUCAAUUCGGCUAACCUGAUCUUUGGCCUCAUCCGUGCGCCAGACACUCUGAUUGCGGAGAUGGGCGCACUCUCCCAGAGCCAAUUUAGCGAAUGGGUUGAUGGUCUUAGCAUGAUGAGGGGCGAGGGAGGGGUGGUCAGCACAAAGGAUACAGCCGAUCUGAUCCAGGUGUUGACAGAGAUUGCAGUCCAGACAAAGCUACUGGAUCUGACAGGCGAGCAGAUCGAAGCGCCAAGCUCUCUGCCGCCCGUGCCGCCCCCAUAUUCGACCGACUUUUUCUUCGCUGAUCUUUAAAUGGCCAGAAGCAGAAACUCUCAUCUUUGUUCCAGAGGCGGUGGCGUGCCAGAUGUACAAUGUACGCAUAGCUGAAAGAUACCCUCGAUACAAAUCAUGUAUCUAGCCACAUAGUAUCACAGUACAGAC